AUGAAGGGGCGGUGCUGUGAAUAUGGUAUGUCGAUGCGUACCGGGGAGCGCCCUCGUGUAGUUGCUUCUCCCAAUGUGCAACGAGAGGCGGGCCACACGACACCGAUUUCAUCGAGAGACGCUCCGCAUUCGACAAUCGAGAAUUAUUUGACUCUCAGGCGAAUGGACCACUCCUCCGACCCUUCUGCUGGAGCAGCCCAAAUACAUGACGUCCAGGAUGAUAUUGACUGGGUCCUGCAGGCCACUCGCCUGAGCAACGCAGGAACACCCAAGUUCGGACCUCCAAAUGAGCAAGAGGAUUCCGUCAAUCAAUCGUACGCCCUGUUACCUACGCCAUCUGACCUGGAUUACAGCUUCAACAACUUCAACCGAGACCAUGGCCUUCAAUCUCUCGAACAGCAGCAAACAACGAAGGACCUUUCAAGCGGCGUGGACAGUCGACGAAGCUCAUCUAUCGACUGUGACGUAUUCCGGAGUAGAGUUCACGACUGCACCACCAAGGCUCUGAUGCUAGUUGCCGAUUUUCAUGUCUUGGCAGCUGGCUGCUUGACUGCAGCUCAAGACCCCGUUGUUACAUUCAAUUUGGGGAGCUACACCGAAGACACCCAGAGAGAAAUGGGGACAGUUCUGUCGGAAAACCGAAUGGCCCUGAAGCAACUCGACAAUUUGUUGGAUUGCCGUUGCUCUACCAGGCAAGAAGUUCUAGUCUUGAUCUAUUUGGCCGUCACCAAAGCUGUGGAGUGGUAUGCGGCGGUGUUAGGUAGCGAUGACGACGAGGCCUCGCAGGAAGACGAUCCCGUUACACCCCGGAUGUUCAGACGGAUCACGAGAACCAAUUCAUUCAUGGGCAGCUAUUCUCUGGACAACGACGUCCAGAGAGUAGUAAGGGCGCACCUUGUCUUGACCCAGCUCAAGGAUCAUGUUCAUCCUCUCCUGAAGAAAUUGCGUCAUAGACAUCUGCCAACGUCGGCGUCAAUAGCGGGCGAUUCCUCGGCUCCUUUGACAUCCGGUCGCCGUACCUCCAGCGUUAUCGAACAUCUCGACCUGGCUCUUUCAGAGGAGCUCAGUCGGAUUUCUGCGAAGGCAAACGCAAUCAAGCAAAUUUGUUGA